AUGGAACAAACCCAAAAGUUCAAGGCGCAAGUCCGCAAGAGCGUUGGAGAAUAAAUAUAAUGAAUACUGAGGGGGUCCAAAUAGAAUCACCAUUUUUCUAAAAAGAGAACGAAUACUGAUUCUGCAAAGUUGCAAGGGCGUUGCAUAAUUUUUAAUUUUUAAUUCUUCCAUCUGUCGUCAUCUCGUCGCCUUCGGGCUCCCCAUUGAAGAAAAGGAAAACCAGCCUCGAAAUUCCAUUGAAAGCCUCCGAAGCCUGGGAGUUUCCCCUUCGUCCUUUUUUCAGUCUACGAGACCUUAGAAUAUUUGAUUAGCUUAAGCUGGUUCCGGGGUUGCAAUGUUGUGAAAGACUACUUGAUCACUUAAUCAAAUAUCAAUUGACUUUUGAAGACUCUGUUUUUGAGCUGUGUUAUGAUCUGACGUGGUAAUUUCAACCCAAUAAUGGUUCUUGCUGGUUCAUUGCAAUUGUCCCAUCAACUGGGACUUUGCAAGAAUCAGAGGUACCGAGAACAAUAUAAGAGUGGAAUAGGAAGGGACAAGUUACAUUCAUUAAGCACUGCCCUUACAUCACGAUUUGUGAAGCAGGAUUCUUGGGGUAUCCGUUUAUCAGACAAUGGAUACAGGUCCUUACAUACUGUGUCUCACAGCUAUCAUGCAUUUAAGUGCCAUUGUUCGCUAACAUCAGGCCAACCAUUUGACCAACACGGCUUGAAGACAGCUGCAAUGGUGUUGGCAAGAUCAUAUAAUGCUUUGCAAGGUUGUCCUCUUGUCUUCAAAUUGAUUCCAUCAGUUGGCAUUAUUACCUUUGCCAUAUGGGGUCUUGCACCACUUAUGCGCCUGAGCAGAAAUCUGAUACUUCAUAAAAGUGAUGGUAGUUGGAAAAAGAGUAAUACUCAUUAUGUUACAACCUCGUAUAUUCAACCCAUGCUGCUAUGGAUGGGAGCAAUACUCAUAUGCAGGGCAUUGGAUCCAGUUGUUCUACCUACAGAAGCUAGCCAGAUUGUAAAGCAACGUCUUUUGGAUUUUAUAAGAUCAUUGUCAACUGUUCUGGCAUUUGCCUAUUGUUUAUCAAGUGUGAUUCAACAAGCACAGAAGUAUUUCAUGGAGACUAGUGACUCCGGUGAUACCAGAAAUAUGGGUUUUCAAUUUGCUGGGAAGGCUGUUUACUCUGCAGUAUGGGUUGCUGCUGUUUCAUUAUUCAUGGAGUUGCUAGGUUUCUCUACCCAAAAGUGGCUUACUGCAGGAGGUCUUGGGACAGUAUUAUUGACGCUGGCUGGUCGUGAGAUCUUCACAAAUUUCCUGUCAAGUGCAAUGAUUCAUGCGACUCGGCCUUUUGUUGUGAAUGAAUGGAUUCAAACAAAAAUCGAAGGAUAUGAAGUAUCUGGCACUGUUGAGCAUGUGGGUUGGUGGUCACCAACAAUUGUUAGAGGUGAAGACCGUGAAGCAGUUCACAUUCCAAACCACCAGUUCACAGUGAAUGUCGUGAGAAAUCUCAGUCAAAAAACUCAUUGGCGUAUCAAAACUCACCUUGCUAUAAGUCACUUGGAUGUCCAUAAGAUAAAUAAUAUUGUUGCUGACAUGCGCAAAGUCUUGUCCAAGAAUCCUCAAGUUGAGCAGCAGAGGUUGCAUAGAAGAGUAUUUCUGGAUAAUGUUACUCCUGAGAAUCAAGCUCUUUUGAUCUUGGUUUCCUGUUUUGUGAAGACAUCACAUCAUGAAGAGUAUUUAUGCGUCAAGGAAGCUAUACUGUUGGAUCUUCUCAGAGUCAUUAGCCAUCAUAAGGCCCGACUUGCCACACCAAUUCGUACAGUUCAGAAAAUGUAUAGUGACACCGAUUUGGACAAUGUACCAUUUGCAGAUACAAUAUAUAACCAUUCUGGAGUAACAUCCAGACGCCCACUCCUACUGAUUGAACCCUCGUACAAAAUCAAUGGAGAAGAUAAAAAAAGAAGCCGUACGCAAACAAGUGGAGAGCGAGAUGGGAAAGCCACAAUGCGGCCAGCACCUGACUCCAAGGUCAGAGAAACACCAAUUUCUGACACCAAGGCAGAUUCUAAAGUUGGAGCAACACCAGUAUCUGACUCCAAGACCAGAGAAACACCAUUAUCUGACACCAAGGCAGAUGCCAGGAGUGGAGAAAUGCCAAAUUUAAACACGAAGGAGGAUUCCAAGGGUGCAAAAUCAUCUAUUUCUUAUCCCCAAGUUGGUGACAAAGAAACAGGGAUGUCAACAUCUAAUUCUAUCUCCAAGAUGAAUUCUAAAGACACUGAAAAGUCUGAUUCUGACUCCAAAGCAGCGGGCACAGUAUCUGAUAAUUCGACGCAAAAUGUCUCUGAUAGAAAGCAACUUAAGACUGCAAGUUUAGGGAAUGUUAUUCCGGGCACUACUAAUAAACCUACAUUUUCCUCAUCCGAAGGUGGUGCUGACAAAACAAGUGGGUCAGCGGCUUCUCCAGUGAAACAGGAAAAUGAAAGGAUGCCAGUUCCAGAGCCACCACCAUUAAGGCCUGCUAUAGAAGAAAAUAUAGUGCUUGGUGUUGCUUUAGAGGGCUCAAAGAGAACCCUUCCUAUCGAGGAGGGGAUGGCUUCCCCUUCGCCUCAUGUAGCGGCAAAUGAUUUGGCAUCUAGCCGCAAAGGAAAUGCAUCUCCAAUUGCUGAUAAGGGUAAGAAAAAUUAUCAGGUUCCAGCUGCACCGGGUUCAACUUCUGGUAGUGAUUGAGUUUAGGAAGAUCAAGGGAGUCGUGGCUUAUGCCCUAUGCAAUUCCGGACUCUUUUAGAAAGGCACUCCACGAAGCUGUAUUUUUUCAAAGCUGCUCACACUGUACAGUGUACAUGCUCACUGUAUUUUUCGUCGUUGUCAUUGCCAAUGGUACUGUGUAGCAUUUGUCGGCCCUUUUCAUUGGGCCAACAAUACAUCAAAGAAAAAUGUAAGCUUCCAUCACGGCCAUUUGAGACUGAUCUGUUUGGAUUUCUUUCACGAUUACAAAGAUGUUCAUACAUGUCCAAGUUGAAAUUGGGGUUCUUUGUUUCUCUCA